CCUCAGUGUCAUGGGAUUACUCCGGUGAGUUGAGCUCCUCAGUGCUGCCUCUCACUACAGCCUCACAGUGCCUCUAGCAGCAGCUCACCUGUCACUAGCACUCACAGCUAAUAUGUCUUGCAACAAAACAGAGCAUGGAAGAGAGGACGGUGUCGUUGUCCUGAAAUGCUACCGUCAAACGCCCUAUGAGAAUCAACUUACUCUUCCCUCGGGCUCGUCUUCACCAGCAACAGAGGCCUCCUCAGCCCCUGUAACACCUGCGAUUCCGUCUGCUCACGUCUCUACAGCUUCCUCCGCUGCCAACAUACCUCUAGAGGCGUCUUCCUCCGCUACCAACAUACCUCUAGAGGCGUCUUCCUCCGCUACCAACAUACCUCUAGAGGCGUCUUCCUCCGCUACCAACAUACCUCUAGAGGCGUCUUCCUCCGCUACCAACAUACCUCUAGAGGCGUCUUCCUCCGCUACCAACACUCCUCCAGAAGUGACUUCCUCCCCUUCCAACAUAUCUCCAGAGUUGGCUUCUUUCUCUCCCAACAUUUCUUCAGAGGUGGCUUCAUCCUCUCCCAACAUUUCUUCAGAGGUGGCUUCAUCCUCUCCCAACACAUCUCCAUGCGUGGCAUCCUCCACUGUCAAAAUACCACCAUACGUGGCGUCCUCCGCCUCCAACACUCCUCCAGAGGUGGUGUCCGCCGUUACCAACAUACAUCCAUACGUGGCAUCCUUCCCUGCAAACACUCCUCCAGAGGUGGUGUCCGCCGUUACCAACAUACAUCCAUACGUGGCAUCCUUCCCUGCAAACACUCCUCCAGAGGUGGCUACUCCGCCAGCAGCGGAUGACCUUCCCCCACUUCCCAGAGUCCAGGAUGAAGGGUAG